CCAAAUACAAAUGAUUUCGUAGCAUAACUGGUAUUUGUUGAGAACGUGCAAACUAAUAAUAAUAAAUUGCUGUUAUAUGUAGUUAUACAUAAUAUUAAGUGUGAACUAGUUGAGAUCAUCUGCAUCCUCUGUCCAUGUCCGAGGCGCGACCGUCGUGUGUAAGUAUCAUAAUUAUUCUGAGGCACGUUGGAAGUAAUGAUUUCUCUAUGGUAGAGCAGACAUUAGUAGGUGGGUACUUAGUUUUCUCUACCCACACCACAAAACUAAAGUUUUCCGACUCUCUGAAUAGCAUUUAUAGUAGAUAUGUCGUCGUGUUGUAUUGUAGCUUACUGUAGAGAAAGGGGGGUGCACAAAAUUCCACAAAACGAAACAAGACGGGCAAAAUGGAUGGAAGCAUUAAAAGAAUUAAAGCCUGGAUUAAACAUAAAAAAGCAUUCAAGAAUAUGCCCCGGCCACUUCAAACCAUCAGACUACCUCUUAGGUAAAUCAAGGAAAAUGCUAAAAAAAGAAGCUGUUCCAAGUGUAUUUUUUUGGGAUUAUUCAAUCAAAAUGACUAAAGAAGACCCAACCCAAAAAAAAACCUAUCGAAGAACUCCUCCAGUUGCAUUUGUAGAAGAGCAACCAUAUAAUAACAUUUUUUCAUGUUCCUCCAAUGAAGACCCUUUACUCAUGAACUUUGAAAACUCAGACCUUGAUAAUUCUUCAAAUUAUGGUAACAUUUUCAUCAUACAAAAACCGCAAUACAGUAAAGGCUCUCAUUGGAAUUACUCCAAGUGGCUUGAUCUCUUACGUGUCUCCAUGCUAUGGUGGUUCAGCCACUGACAGGCAGAUCAUAGAGCGAAGUUCUAUUCUAAGAAAAUUUGAUUAUAACGACGAAAUUAUGGUGGAUAAAGGCCUGAAUGUACAAGACAUUUUCGUACCAUAUGGUGUAAAAGUUAAUAUGCCAUCAUUUUUUAGAAAAG